CUUCACCCCUCACUCCAGUACAACUCUCGUGCGCCUCCAUCACUCGCUCACUCUCAGCCUCUCAGCCAAGCUUCGCUAGCUCAUCUCGAGCUCGAGCUUAACUGAGAUCAGCAAGCUCGGAGAUCGGAGCAGCGAUCAUGGGCAUGGAGGCCAAGCCGACCCCGGCAGCGAUAUCGGAGGACGAGUCGGCGCUGGUGCAGAAGAUAACCAAGCUCGCCACAGCCAUCGGCGACCUGCCGUCACUGCACCCGUCGCCGGAAGUCAACUCGCUCUUCACAGAGCUCGUGACGGCGUGCAUCCCUCCGAGCACCAUCGACGUGGACACUCUCGGCCCAGAGGCCCAGUCCAUGCGGCGCCGCCUGAUCACGCUCUGCGCCGACGCCGAGGGCCACCUGGAGUCCCACUACUCCGACCUCCUGGCGGCGCACGACGGCGACCCGCUCGACCACCUCGAGAUCUUCCCUUACUUCGGCAACUACGUCAAGCUCAGCCAGCUCGAGCACGGCUUGCUCUCCCGCCACGUGUCCGAGUCCUUCUCCCGGGUCGCCUUCCUCGGCUCCGGCCCGCUCCCGCUGAGCUCGCUGGUCCUCGCCGCUCGCCACCUCCCGGACGCCGCCUUCGUCAACUACGACAUCUCCCCCGACGCCAACGCCCGCGCCUCCCGCCUCGUCCAUGCCGAUGCCGAUGCCGAUGCCGGCAUCGGCAUCGGGGCGAGGAUGGAGUUCAGGACGGCGGACGUGACGGACGAGGCGGUGGCGGGGGAGAUGGGGCGGUACGACGUGGUGUUCCUGGCGGCGCUGGUGGGGAUGGCGGCGGAGGAGAAGGCGCGCGUCGUGGCGCACCUGGGCCGCCACAUGGCGCCCGGGGCGGCGCUCGUCGUCCGGAGCGCGCACGGCGCCCGCGGCUUCCUGUACCCCGUGGUCGACCCCGAGGAUGUCCGGAAGGGCGGCUUCGAGGUGCUCUGCGUGCACCACCCGGAGGAUGAGGUCAUCAACUCCGUCAUCAUCGCACAGAAGAAGAUGCUUGAGGUUGACGAUGAAGGGUGCGUCCGCGCCGAGAACGGGAGCGGCAUCAAGGGGUGCGCCGCGGCCGCGUCCGAGAACGGGAGCGGCAUGAAGGGGUGUGCCGCCGCCGCGAACGGGGACGUGCUGUGCGCGGCCGCGGCGGCUGUGGUGAGCCGGCCGUGCCUCGGGUGCUGCGAGAUGGAGGCCAGGGCGCACCGCAAGUUGGAGGAGAUGGCCAUGGAUCAGGAGCUGCCGUCGUAGGCAGGCAAACCAUGGAACCAUUGACUGAAGCAAGCAAGCAAAGCAUCCACGGUGAAUUUAUCAUUUUACCCUGUCCAUCGAUUACAACAUGCAUGCGUGCUAAUAAUUUCUGUUGUCUUUCACGCAUGCGUGUUGGAUUGCUGGUUUUAUUUACUUACCGUAAUUGAUUGAUCCGGGCCUAUGUAUCCGCCGGCUGCCGGAUUAGUAUCCUUUCUGCAUCCGUGUUCUACUGUGUGUUUUUUUUUUUUACCAUCUGACAGCUGAUGCCUCCGGGUUUAAUUAACAGAGACAGACAGACAGGAGGUUAUGUACCGUACGUGUGUCUCGAUCAGUGUCUGAGAUAAUCGAGUUGAGUUGCUGUAAUAAUCAAGUGAUUUUGACACUAUUUAUGUAUCAAUUGAAGUGAUUAUCACUCAAAAGUGUAGUACUCUGAGUUUUCUUCCAUUGCCCUCAAUGAAUCUCGAUCCCCAGCU